AUGAGGUACCAUGGCAGGGAGGUGGAAGUGGAGGGAAAGAUCCGUCUGGUCAUGGAGAGCGCCCUGAGUGCCAGGGAUCGGGUGGGAGUCCAGGACUUCCUCCUGCUGGAGAACUACACCAGUGAGGCAGCCUUCAUCGAGAACCUCCGCCGCAGAUACAGAGAAAACCUGAUUUAUACAUACAUAGGUUCAGUCUUGGUGUCAGUGAACCCAUAUAAGGAACUGGAGAUCUACUCCAAACAGAAUAUGGAACGCUAUAGGGGUGUCAACUUCUAUGAGAUUUCACCACAUAUUUUUGCACUGGCAGAUAACUCAUACCGAGCAUUGCGUACGGAACGCAGAGACCAGUGCAUCCUGAUCUCGGGUGAAAGUGGAGCGGGAAAGACAGAGGCAUCCAAAAAGAUCCUGCAGUAUUACACCACCACCUGCCCCACCCGACAAAAUACCAGCUCCAUCAGAGAGAGACUGCUACACUCUAACCCAGUACUGGAGGCUUUUGGAAACGCCAAGACCCUGCGCAAUGACAAUUCCAGCCGAUUUGGCAAAUACAUGGACAUUCAGUUUGACUACAAGGGUGCUCCCAUCGGAGGUCACAUUUUAAACUAUCUGCUGGAGAAGUCUCGCGUGGUUCAUCAGAAUCACGGAGAGAGAAACUUCCAUAUCUUCUACCAACUACUGGAGGGAGGAGAUGAGCAACUACUGAAGAGACUGGGCCUGGAAAAGACCAAUCCACAGCACUACCACUACCUGGUGAAGGGUAACUGUCCAAGGGUGAGCACGAGAAAUGAUCGCAACUGCUGGAGAAUCAUGACCAACGCUCUAUCUGUCAUUGGUUUCACUGAGGAAGAAGUUGAGGAGCUGCUGGACAUUGUUGCCAGUGUUUUACAUUUGGGGAACAUGCAGUUUGGAGAGAAUGAAUAUGGAGAAACUCACUUAACCACAGACACUCAACUUAGGUACCUGUCACAGCUGUUGAAAGUGGAAGGGUCAGAUCUGAGUGAAGCCCUAACUCAUAAGAAAAUUGUUGCAAAAGAAGAGGAGAUGAUAAGUCCGUUAAGUCUGGAGCAGGCUCUCUCUGCGCGUGAUGCUCUGUCUAAAGCCAUUUACGGGCGCACCUUCACUUGGCUCGUCGAGAAAAUCAACAAAUCGCUGGCGUUCAAGGAUGAACCAUACUUCUCUAGUAAGAGUUCCUCUGUAAUUGGUCUGCUGGACAUCUAUGGCUUUGAGGUCUUCCAACACAACAGUUUUGAGCAGUUCUGCAUAAACUACUGCAACGAGAAGCUUCAGCAGCUUUUCAUCGAACUCACCCUGAAAAGUGAACAAGAGGAAUAUGACGCCGAGGGCAUUGCGUGGGAGACAGUGGAAUACUUCAACAACAAGAUCAUCUGUGAUCUCGUGGAGGAGAAACACAAAGGCAUCAUUGCUAUUCUGGAUGAGGAGUGCUUAAGGCCAGGAGAUGCCAGUGACAUCACCUUUCUAGAGAAGCUGGAGGACACUCUAGGGGGCCAUGCCCAUUUUGUUACACAUAAACUGGCCAAUGGGAAGACUCGUAAGGCAGUGGGGCGGGAGGAGUUUAGGCUGCUGCACUAUGCAGGAGAAGUCAACUACAACGUCAAUGGUUUCCUGGACAAAAACAAUGACCUCCUAUAUAGGAACCUAAAAGAGGUCAUGUGUAAAUCAGGGAAUCCAAUUAUGAGUCAGUGUUUCCACAGAGAAGAGUUGACUGACCAGAAACGACCCGAGACGGCCGCUACCCAGUUUAAGCUGAGUUUGGCCAAACUGAUGGAGAUUCUCAUGUCUAAGGAGCCGUCAUACAUACGCUGCAUUAAACCCAACGAUGCCAAGCAGUCAGGUCGGUUUGAUGAGGUCUUAGUCAGGCAUCAGGUGAAGUAUUUGGGUUUGAUGGAGAAUCUUCGAGUCAGACGAGCUGGGUUUGCCUACCGACGACACUAUGAGGCCUUUCUACAGAGAUAUAAGUGUCUGUGUCCUGAGACUUGGCCUAACUGGGAAGGCAAGCUUGUGGAUGGAGUGUCCACUCUUGUCAAACACCUGGGCUACAAACCUGAGGAGUACCAACUGGGCAGGUCCAAAAUCUUCAUUCGUUUUCCCAAAACUCUGUUUUUUACCGAGGACGCCCGAGAAGCACAGAAACAGACAGUUGUCAUCACACUGCAAAAGUCCUGGAGAGGCUACAGAGAGCGAGCCAAAUACCAACGCAUUCGGCAUGCAGUGAUUGUGAUUCAGUCUUGGUGGAGGGGUGUUAAGGGACGCAGAAAAGCCAAACGCCGCAGGGAAGCAGCAGACACCAUACGCAACUUCAUCAAAGGCUUCAUCUUGCGGCAUGAGCCACGUGGUCCUGACAACGAGUACUUCCUGGACCACGUGCGUUUCUCCUUCAUCAUGAGUGUGAAGAGGAACCUGCCCAAGAAUGUUUUAGACAAAACCUGGCCAAGACCACCACCUGCACUCACCGAGGCCUCAGCACACCUGCACAGACUGUGCAUCCGAAACCUGGUGAAUGAUUACUGCAGGAGAAUCCAACCUGAGUGGAAGAAUCAGCUGGAACAGAAAGUUAUUGCCAGUCAAAUCUUUAAAGGUCGGAAGGACUGUUACCCUCAGAGUGUACCCAGACUGUUCGUGGCCACGAGGCUAGAGAAUGAGGAGAUCAACCUGAAAGUGCUGCAGACUCUUGGAAGUGACAACAAAGUAAAGUAUGGAGUUGCUGUCACUAAAUAUGAUCGUCAUGGCUACCGAGCACGGGCCCGUCAGCUGCUAUUGACAGGGUCGGCGGCGGUUCUGGUCCAGGAGGCCAAAGUCAAACAGCGCAUUGAGUACAGCGCUUUACUAGGAAUCUCUUUAGGUUGUCUUAGCGAUGGCUUCUUUGUCCUACACGUGCCUACUACCGACAGUAAACAGAAGGGUGACCUCGUUCUUCAAUGUGAUCAUGUAAUCGAGACAGUGACAAAGUUGGCCAUAAUGGCUGACAUGAUCAACAGUGUCAAUAUCAGCCAAGACAGUAUUAAGUUUGCGGUUGCACGAGGAAAAGAGGGCGUGAUUGACUUCAUAUGUGGAGCAGAGCUGAGAGUGGUCAAGGCAAAGAACGGGCACCUGUCUGUGACUGCACCACGGCUAAACACCAGAGCGUGAGUGUGGUCAGCCACUCACAGCCCACUAUGAAGAGGAGUUUUCCCAGUGGACCAAUCAUUCUUACCAGAUAUGCUUCAGCCAAUCACAACACAGAGCCACACUAAGAUAGCUUUUAAUGAGCU